AUGCAUCGCAUUAUGCAGCAUAACAUUUCAAACAUUUGUGGCAUAAUGUCCAAGAUACACCAUUCAUACAUUACAUGAGCUGUGUUUUUGUGGAGCUUCAAGAGUUUGUAGUUUUGAUGCAUUUUCAAUACCUCACACGAGAAUACGCUCAGGACUGAACCAUCAUGAAUCCGGAACUUAAUCCUAAAAUCUGCUUUAUAUGCUGCCAAGCCUCGACCAAUUGGUGCACCACGGAAGUGAGCUUCAUUAUCUGCCAGCAUUUCUGGUUCCAGGAACAUGAACUACAGAACGCCCUCAUCUGCGGAUCUUGUUGGGAGAAAGUGGACCAAUUCCAUCGGUUUUACCAAGAAGUGAAGGAGCUUCACGAGAAGUUAAAAUCUCAACUGCCACCCAUUUUCAUCAAGCAGGAAGAAAUCCACAUUGACGAGGAUCUAGAACACGAAAGCUAUGAGGAUGUAACAACGUCGAAAUUUGAGGAUUCUUCGAUGAUAUCCGAAGAACGUGAAGAAGAACAACCUUCCAACGCUAGCCAGGAAAGGGGACAAAAACGUCCGUGGAAACAUUCCAAACCACGGAUAACGCUAACUGCCGAAGAACGGCAAGCUCAGGACGACGUCAUAAGGCAGCACAUGCCCUACGUCUGCGAGGAAUGUGACCUGGAAUUCGAUAGCUUUUGCGUGACCGUGCGGCACCGGAUAAACGUCCACGACCAAACGUAUCUCACGUGCUGCGACAGACAGUACAAAUCGCGAGCCAUGCUGUACGAGCACGCUCUCAAUCCGGGGGCCUUCAAGUGCGAGUUUUGUGGCAAAACGUUCAAAUUGAUCCAUGGAUACCACCGGCACAAAAAGCAGCAUCACAAGGACGAGACGGAACUGCUAUUCAAGUGCCAUCUCUGUCCGGAAAGCUUCGCCCAAGAAGUGAUGCUUAGGCGUCAUUUGGUUGAACAUGACCCGACCAAGUGCGAAGUGUGUGGGAAGGAAUUUUCCAACAAAUAUGGCCUUCAGAGACACAUCAAGGAUUAUCACGAAGAGCAGAAGGAGUUCAUUUGCGACGUGUGCUCAAAAGGGUUCUCCCGCCAGUCGAUGUACUUGGAGCACCGGAGGACACACGAUUUGACGCCGGAGCAGAUGAGGGAGCAGUGCUCUGUGUGCAACAAGUGGCUCAAGAACCAGGUUUGCUUGGAGAAGCAUAUGAAACGGCACCGGACGGAGGGAGCGCACAUAUGCGACGUUUGCGAUCACGUUUCGGUGAAUGCGUUGUCCCUGCGGGUCCACAAAGUCCGGCAGCAUGGCCCGAACAGCAAGAAACACGCGUGUGACAUUUGCGGGAAAGAAUACACCCGGGUGAUGACCUUGAGGGAACAUGUUGCCAAUGCGCACACCCGAGAACCAUUGUACGAGUGUCGGUACUGCUCGAAGAAGUUCUUCUCCAGCGCGACCAUGUACGCACACCGGAAGAAGCACCACCCGGACGAGUGGCUGAAGGAUCAUCUCACGAAGUACGGUACCGGUGAGGAGGGUGCGCACGAAGAGGGUGGCAGUUCUCAAGCUGUUCAAUGAUUGCGGUUCAUGAUGUAGAAAUAAAGACUUAAAUAAUGAAACAUCA